GCACUUGGUACGAGUUGCUGAGCUGAGACCUUGCACAUCUCGCACCUCACGAGGCUUGUUCCAUCCUUCUCCCCUUCUCCUAGCUUAAAUAUUUCAGAUACAUAAUUUAUUCUCCACAAGCAGGCUUGGAGAAGCUGCAAUUACCUGGAGACUUGGGAGUACUCGGAGAGAUCUGUGUUGAGCCAUAGGAGUCCCAACAAGAAAACCUACUGUCACCUUCAUCUUUGCUUCUACUGGCUGUAAAGGAGGAAGCAUGAAUCCUGCCCUGCCUUGGAUCAUUCCUCUUGGAUGUGUACUGCUCCUGACAAUGACAGCUGAAUGCUUUAUCUUGCCCAACUCGAGUCACCUGGAGAGCAUCCUGAGUAAAUAUCGGGAUGGGGAAGCUCACUCCAGAUCCAAGAGAGCCAUUUUAUUCUCAGACAGACAGGAGAUCCUGAUGCUCCACAAUAAACUGAGAGGUCAAGUUUACCCAGUGGCCUCUAAUAUGGAAUACAUGACCUGGGAUGAUGAGCUGGAAAGAUCAGCCCAGGCCUGGGCUCAGCAGUGCAUCUGGGACCACGGGCCCAGUGACCUCAUCAGGUCGAUCGGGCAGAACUUGGCGGUUCACUGGGGCAGGUAUCGAUCCCCAGCUUUCCACGUCCAGUCUUGGUAUGAUGAAGUCAAAGAUUACACAUUCCCUCAUCCUCAUGAGUGCAACCCGUGGUGCCCAGACAAGUGCACAGGCUCUAUGUGCACACACUACACCCAGAUAGUCUGGGCCACGACCAACAAGAUUGGCUGUGCUGUCAACGUCUGCAAGCAGAUGAAUGUCUGGGGAGAAAUCUGGCAGAACGCUGUCUACCUGGUCUGCAACUACUCCCCCAAGGGCAACUGGAUCGGAGAAGCUCCGUACAAGACCGGCCGUCCCUGCUCCGAGUGCCCCCCGAGCUAUGGAGGAGGCUGCCAGAACAACCUCUGCUACAAAGAUUACCGUUAUCAAGAUCCCAUCAUAGGUGAGACAGAUGAGACCAAUGAAGUGGAGAUUCCACAGGUGGCAGAGCAAAAGCCAGUGAGGUUCUACCCUCCGGAAAGCAAGCCCAGCAAAUCCAUCAAGCCCAAGAAAAUCAUCCCAGAAUCCUACAUGACACAAGUCAUUACCUGUGAAACCAAGAUGAGAGACAAAUGCAGAGGCUCAACAUGCAACAGGUAUUUGUGCCCAGCUGGCUGCUUGUACAGUAAGGGAAAGAUCUUUGGAACAUUUUAUUAUGAAAGUUCAUCAAGCAUUUGUCGUGCUGCCAUCCAUUAUGGCAUCCUGGAUAACGAAGGAGGGCUGGUGGAUAUCACAAGGAAGGGGAGAACACCUGCUUUUGUGAAGUCCACCAGGAACGGCGUGGAGUCUUUUAGGAAAAGUAAACCUUCAAACGCGUUCAUGGUUUCCAAAGUCACAACACAGACACUGGAUUGUUACACCACGGUAGCUGAGUUGUGCCACUUCAAAAAACCAGCGAGCCACUGCCCCAGGAUUUAUUGUCCAGCCCACUGCAAGGACGAGCCGUCGUACUGGGCACCCGUGUUUGGCACCAACGUUUAUGCAGAUAGCUCCAGUAUCUGCAAAACUGCAGUGCAUGCAGGAGUCAUUUCAGAUGAAAGAGGUGGCUUUGUGGACGUGAUGCCUGUAGAAAAGAAGAAGAGUUACGUUGGCUCCUUAAAGAACGGCGUCCAGUCGGAGAGCUUGAAGAAUCCUUCAGAUGGCAAUGCCUUCCGAAUUUUUGCUGUGAAGCAGUAAAUUCCCAGGGAAGGUGCAGGUUUCUUUGGGAGAGCGCUCUGUCGACCUCCGGAGACGCGAAAGC